CCACGCCGUGCACGUUCUACAAAAAUGAAUAUCACGCCGGAACGACUCCACAAUAUUUCAAGGUUGAAAUCGCCUAGAACACCGACACAGGACUCCGCUGGCACGGUGGUAUGCCUGAGAAUUAGUGAAAUCGUGGCCAGUGUUGUCGAGCAUAAUCGAAAAUGGAAAAGUGCGGUGGAUAAGGGUUCUCAGUUCUGCUCGGCCAUCAAAAACACUUUAACUGAUACUUUGCAAUCAUCUGGACAAACCCCUUAUCCGGAAAAUGUGAGUGUUUAUUGCAAUAAGCUGGCUAUUUUGUUAACCAUCCUUGCAGACGUAUUAUCGAACGCGGAAAACAGCGUGGUACGUUUGAAAUCAUUUGCCCAUGUUUUGGAAGAGAAUGAAAUCCUUGGAACUACUUGGGACAUGCUUCGUAUUGUAAGUGCCUUGGAAGCAAUUGUAUCAUCGUACAAUCAGGAAAUAGAGACUCGAAAACACAUAGUUGAAAACUUCGCACACUCGUUAACCGUGAAUGAACUCCUGCUCUACGUUUGCACCUGGAAUAGUAUGAUGGACGUAGAACGAGACCGGGAAUUGUUAUUCAGAAUGAUGAUGUACGAAUUUGGACUAACUGAAUAAAUGGUCCAUCUGAUCAACUGACUCCAUAGUUAA